GCGGGCCUGAGGUAGUCCUGGGCCGGCGCAGCACCGACGGCUGGCCGAGAGCUCUGCGGGAGGGCCGGGCGCUGCGCUCCCGGGCGGAGCCGAGUCCGCGGGGCUCCGGGGCGGGGCCGUCGAUCGGUCCGCGCCGCUCGUUCAGGUGCUGCGGAGGCUCCACGUAGUCAGGCGGCCGGGCGGCUGGGGCGCACGGACCUCGGCCUGUGGCUGUCGUGAGCCCAAGCCGGACCCCUGCGUCCCAGGUCUCCCUCGGAGACAUGGCGGGUCCUGGCCCGGGGGAUCAGGACGAGCACUACGAUUUCCUGUUCAAGCUGGUGUUGGUGGGCGACGCGAGCGUGGGCAAGACGUGCGUGGUGCAGCGCUUCAAGACCGGCGUCUUUUCCGCGCGUCAGGGCAGCACCAUCGGUGUCGACUUCACCAUGAAGACGCUGGAGAUCCAGGGCAAGCGGGUCAAGCUACAGAUUUGGGACACGGCUGGCCAGGAGAGGUUCCGAACCAUCACCCAGAGCUACUACCGCAGUGCCAAUGGGGCCAUCCUUGCAUAUGACAUCACCAAGAGGAGCUCCUUCUUGUCAGUGCCUCACUGGAUUGAGGAUGUGAGGAAGUAUGCAGGCUCCAACAUUGUGCAGCUGCUGAUUGGGAACAAGUCAGACCUUGCUGAUUUCCGGGAGGUCCCUCUGACUGAGGCACAGAGCCUGGCUGAGCACUAUGACAUCCUCUGUGCUAUCGAGACCUCUGCCAAGGACUCCAGCAAUGUGGAGGAGGCCUUCACCAGAGUGGCCACUGAACUCAUCAUGAGGCACGGAGGUCCCCUGUUCAGUGAAAAGAGCACUGACCACAUCCAGCUGGACAGCAAGGAUGUUACCGAGAGCUGGGGCUGUGGGUGCUGACUGGGGGGGCAGGGCAGGCAGGCCAAGACCUCCCCAUCUCCUUUGCCUGCAACCUGUCAAGCCCCACCAUUCAGAGCCAGCCCUCCAGGGCACUGGUUUCUUUCUCUA